AUGGCAUCGCCAUCAGAAGCGCCGUCUGCACCGCCGGACGUGCCCACGCCGGCGACCGACAUGCUGCCCGCGGGCGAGCGCGAGGGCUACGCGAAGCUCACGCACCGGCUGUCCAUCUGGCUGCUGGUCGUGUGCCCCGCCAUCGCCCUGUUGCCGCCGCGCAAGCUGGACCUGUACACCGCCGGGCUGGGCGGCAUGUCGCUUGUCGCGGCGGAGCACCUGGCGCGCGAGCGCACCGGCCGCACCAUCCUGCAGCGCGUCAGCGGCGGCUUCGACAACGCGGUGCAGCCCGCCGACCACAUGCCGACGGAGCGGGCGCGCCAGGUGCGCGAGAUGCAGCUGCGGGCCAAGGAAGAACGCGAGGCGGUGCUGCGACAGGCGGGCCAGGAGCAGCAGGAGCGCAAGCAGCAGGCGCAGGCGCAGGCGCACGAGGACAAGGACGGCGUGCUGCAGCGCGUGUGGAUGGGCGGCGAGACCGAGGGGUGGCGCGAGAGGAGAUUGAAGGAGGAGCGCGAGGCGAUUGAGGAGGGCAGAGGCUACGGGGACCUCAUCAUGGACCAGAUCUGGGAGGUGUGGAAUUGGGGCAGGGGCAACAAGGGCGACGGCAAUGCCUCGGAUUCGCAGAGCGGCAAGAAUUAG